GUUCGAGUCUCUUUGGCGGCGUGACUCCGACAGCCAUUCGCCUCCAUUCAUUGCGCUCCAUCCAGGACCCGGAACCGCUUCCGACCCGAGCGUCAGUCAGCCAGCUCCCUCACCUGCUCACCCCGACUCUCUCGUGCUCUUCGACCCGGUGGACAUGGCUUCUGUUUCGGCUCCAGCUCAGGCAGCCUCGGCUCCUGCUGCGUCCCUGCAGAGAGGCAUAGUGAAGAUGGUCUUGUCAGGUUGUGCCAUCAUCGUCCGAGGUCAGCCCCGUGGAGGUCCGCCACCCGAGCGACAGAUUAAUCUCAGCAACAUCCGAGCGGGAGCCAUGGCCCGGCGAGCUGCUCAGGGUCAACCCGACACCAAGGACACCCCUGAUGAGCCAUGGGCCUUUCAAGCGAGAGAAUUUCUGAGGAAGAAGCUCAUCGGCAAAGAAGUGUGCUUCACCGUCGAGAUCAAGACCGCUCUGGGCAGAGAGUACGGCAUGGUCUACCUGGGGAAAGACACGUCUGGGGAGAGCAUUGCUGAGUCUCUGGUGAGCGAGGGCCUGGCCACCGUCCGCAGGGAAGGCAUCCGGGGGAACAAUCCCGAUCAAGUCAGACUGUGUGACCUUGAGGACCAUGCGAAGGGUGCAAAAAAAGGAAUUUGGAGCGAAGGCAGCGGCACGCACACCGUCCGAGACCUCAAAUACACCAUCGAGAAUCCGAGGAACUUUGUUGACUCCUUGCACCAGAAGCCUAUCAAUGCCAUCAUUGAACAUGUGCGUGACGGCAGCGUAGUGCGUGCCUUGCUCCUUCCUGACUACUACCUGGUGACAGUGAUGCUGUCUGGAGUGAAGUGCCCAACAUUUAGGAGAGAAGCUGAUGGCACAGAGACCCCAGAGCCGUUUGCAGCAGAGGCCAAAUUCUUCACAGAGUCACGCCUCCUGCAGAGAGAUGUUCAGAUCAUCCUGGAGAGCUGCCCAAACCAGAUUAUACUGGGCACCAUCCUUCACCCGAAUGGAAACAUUACAGAGCUGCUGCUCAAGGAAGGCUUCGCCCGCUGCGUGGACUGGUCAAUGGCUGUCUACACACAAGGCGCUGAGAAACUACGAGCAGCUGAAAGGUCCGCCAAGGAACGCAAAGUCAGAAUGUGGAGGGACUAUGUGGCACCCACUGCAAACUUGGACCAGAAGGACAGACAGUUUGUUGCCAAGGUGAUGCAGGUGGUCAACGCUGACGCCAUGGUGGUCAAACUGAACUCUGGCGAGUACAAAACCAUCCAUUUGUCCAGCAUUCGGCCCCCUAGGAACGAAGGAGAGGAGAAGAACAAGGACAAAGAUAAACGCUUCCGUCCCCUCUACGACAUCCCCUACAUGUUCGAAGCCCGCGAGUUUCUGAGGAAGAAGCUGAUUGGAAAGAAGGUCAACGUGACGGUCGACUACAUCAGAGCAGCGACUGGUCCAGGCGAGAGCACUCCGGCCUUCGCAGAACGCACCUGCGCCACAGUCACAAUUGGCGGCAUCAACAUCGCAGAGGCUCUGGUCAGUAAAGGUCUUGCUACGGUCAUCAGAUACAGACAGGACGAUGACCAGCGCUCCUCCCACUACGACGAGCUGCUCGCUGCAGAGGCACGGGCAAUCAAGAACGGAAAGGGACUACACAGCAAGAAGGAAAUUCCGAUCCACAGAGUGGUUGAUAUCUCUGGUGACAACCAGAAGGCCAAACAGUUCCUGCCCUUCCUGCAGAGGGCAGGCCGUUCAGAAGCAAUCGUAGAAUACGUCUUCAGUGGCUCCCGUCUGAAGCUCUACAUGCCAAAAGAGACCUGUCUCAUCACCUUCCUCCUUGCUGGCAUUGAAUGUCCCCGUAGUUCCAGGAACACGCCUGCGGGUAUGCAGGUAGCUGAGCCCUUCAGUGACGAGGCAAUGCUGUUCACCAAAGAACUGGUGAUGCAAAGAGAAGUGGAAGUGGAAGUGGAAAGCAUGGACAAAGCAGGAAACUUUAUUGGCUGGCUGCACAUCGAGGGCGUGAAUCUGUCUCUGGCCCUGGUCGAAAACGCCCUAUCCAAGGUUCACUUCACGGCUGAGCGCAGCAGCUACUACAAAACCUUGGUGUCAGCAGAGGAGGCUUGUAGGCAGAGGAAAGAGAAGAUCUGGUCCAACUACGAGGAGAAGCCGGUGGAAGAGGUGGUCCAGCUGACGGAGGAGAAGGAAAGAGUUGCCAACUACAAGCCAGUGUGUGUCACAGAAAUCACCGACAAUUUGCACUUCUACGCCCAAGACGUCGAGACAGGUGGUCAGUUGGAGACGCUGAUGGAGACCAUGAGGGCGGAGAUUGCUGCGCAGCCACCAGUGGAAGGCUCUUACUCUGCGCGCAAAGGAGAUUACUGCAUAGCCAAGUUCGGUGACGGUGAAUGGUACAGAGCCAGAGUGGAGAAAGUUGAGUCACUGGCAAAGGUCCACGUCUUUUACAUCGACUAUGGCAACAAAGAGGUUGUGUCCAGCACACGCCUGGCAGCCAUCCCACCAGCCUUCAGCAUCAGGAACCUCCCAGCACAGGCCACGGAGUAUGCCUUCGCCUACAUCCAGGUGCCCCAGGAUGACGACGUCCGCGCAGAUGUGGUGGAUUGUGUAGUGCGAGACAUCCACAACGUCCAGUGCCUGUUGAACGUGGAGUACUCUGGUGCCAACUGCCCGCAUGUCACAAUACAGUUCGCCGACACCAAGGAGGACGUGGGCCUGGGCCUGGUCAAGGAGGGCCUGGUCAUGGUGGAGGUCCGUAAAGAGAAGCACCUGCAGAAGAUGGUGACGGAGUACCUGAACAGUCAAGAGUCGGCCAAGAGUUCCAGGCUCAACAUCUGGCGCUACGGGGACUUCCGCGCCGACGACGCCGACGAGUUUGGUUACAGGCGUUAAAGGAAGGAAAAGAACAAAACGAAAAGCAUCCAAUCAACACCAUUCCAAAGACACGGGUGACUCACUGGACAGAAAACCCACUACAAGCAUCCCACGUUUUUACCCUCCACUUUGACUUCCUGCGGCUCAACCGGCUCCCGUUGACCGCGCGAGCAAACCUGAGGGGGUGGCGCCCAAACGCACCCCUGACCCACGACUGUCUCAUUCUUAACUCGGUCUCAGCCAAUCACGCGCUCUCACCUCCGACAUCUGCCUCCUCUGACCCGCGCCGGUGUCCCGGUCUUUUAAAAGCCUCCACGUAACGGUCAUGAAAUCUUUCAAGGUGGACUUUCAUCGGCGGAGCGAGUGGGCGGAGCCACGCCCACCACCAACCAUGAGUUCCUUUCCGUCUGGGACGUGCGACUCUGUCACCUGUGCUGCUCCGUCUGCAGCGCCGCUCCCUUCCUCCGUGAACGCUUCUCUUCCUUCUGUCUUGGUCGCAGAAACAGUGUUUCCAAUUUGCUUCCUUCAUCUCGGACCUUUGCGUUAUGUUGAAAAUCUGCUGAAUAAAAAUGAGCAAAUGACUCAAGUCUCGGCU